AUGUCACACAUUCCUGUUCGGGUCUUGGUCACGGGUUUUGGUGCUUUCAAAGAAAUCGCUGUCAAUCCCUCUUUUGAGAUUGUGAAGCGCCUACCGCCAUCUGUUGCAGAUGUCGAAAUCAUCGCUCAUCCUGAGCCAACCGAGGCCGUGUACCAUAAACUCUUGGAAGUCUCACCUCGCCUGAUCCAGCAGCAUAAUCCAACAAUCGUCCUUCAUAUCGGACUAGCCGUCGAAAGAGACUAUUUUGCAGUGGAACAGAGUGCCUUCCGCGACGGAUACCAUGAAUAUCCCGACGAGGAGCGCAAGGUGAUCUCAAAGUUGGAUGUGAAAAAAAUCUGGGGAAAGAAGAGUGCAGAAAAUCUCAGCUCAUCUUUCGAUUUGGAGUCUGUGGUUGAGGUUUGGAAACGGAAUUUGAGGUCACGAUCUGGUAACAAAGCCAGGGGCAAGAGAGAACUAAAGUCAUCGCAACAACAUCAGCUGCCUGAUGUUAGAUUCUCAGAUGAUGUAGGGGCGUGGGUAUGCGGACUAGUUUAUUACUCAUCUUUAGUUGAAUGUUCCAAAAGCAGCGGUGGCCAACGGAAUGUUGUUUUUCUACACGUCCCGCCACUCUCAGGAGAUUCAGAAUUGGAGAUGGGCAAAGAAGUUGUGCUCUGUUUGAUCAUGGCUCUAGUUGAAUCACUCCAAUAG